AUGUUAAAUGGCACCAACUUUAAGGCAUGGAAAGAGAACAUUAUGAUAGUUCUUAGUUACAUGGAUCUAGACAUUGCAUUAAGAGAAGAUUGUCCUAUAGACUCUCAUGAGGAUAAGAGAGAUAUGGAUAAGUGAAAUUGAUCAAAUCAUGUGAGUCUUAUGGUCAUGAUGUGUGCCAUUCUAAAAGCCUUCAGGGGCACUUUGUUUGAAAAGGCCACUAUAGCAAUAAUUUUUCUUGAAGAACUUGAGAAAAAGUUUACUGAGAGCGAUAAGGUUGAAACAAGUAUGAUCUUAGCAAAACUUAUAUCUAUAAAGUAUAAAGGCAAGGAAAAUAUACAAGAGUAUAUUCUCGAGAUAUCUCAUCUUGCAUCAAAACUAAAGCUACUAAAGUUAGAGCUAUCAGAAGAUUUGGUCAUACACUUAAUUCUGAUUUCUCUUACUACACCAUUCAGUCAAUUUAAGAUGAACUAUAAUUGUCGAAGGGACAAAUGGUCCCUAGAUGAGCUCAUAUCACAUUGUGUGCAAGAGAAAAAAAGGUUGAAACAAGAUAGACAUGAGAGUGCUCAUUUGACCAUGACCUCUAAAAAUAAAAUCAAGAAAAGUCUAUGGGCAAUGAAGCUACAGGUGGACCACCACUAA